AUGAGACUAGAGAAAGUGGAUGUAAGCUGGACAAGGACGGAGGACGAGGUCCUCAAGGCUGGGGUGAUGAAGUAUGGAACAAAUAAGUGGUCCAAGGUGUCCUCUCUGCUGCCUUCGAAAACUCCAUCGCAAUGUAGGAUGAGGUGGGAGGAACAUGCCAAUCCCCUACUGAACAUCUCGGGGUGGAGUGCUGAGGAGGAUGAAAGGCUUAUUUUGACAGCGAAGACGUUCCAUCCGCAAUGGAGCCUGAUCGGGCAGGCGAUGGGAAGGAGCGGGCAGCAGUGUUAUGAAAGAUACAACGAGCUUACCUUUGGAAAGAUUGAUGUCUUCAAGUACGGUGAGCUUGAAGAGCCUCGCGAAGAGAGGAGCGACGAGGUCCUUCGGAUGGCGAAUGCCAGGAUGGCUGGAUGCAAUAGUAGAAAGGAUCUGAAGAAGAAGAAAGAGAAGAGGCGAUGCGAGAAGAAUCCUGGCGGCAUUCUGUAA